CGUUCGUUUUGUCGCUGUACUGUUGUGAUGUGCUUUAUUUUGUGUGUCAAAGCGGAGUGAAGAGUGUGAAUAUCCAAGAUUCCAAAAAAAAAACAAACAUUAUCACCUUGAAAUCGCAGUACAUUAUAGUUUAUUUGAUUCAUAGCGGCUGUGAAAAAGGUAGAGCGUCGUUUGUCUGUUCAAAGUAUGACAGUCACCAGUCAUUUUCCUGCCCCCCUCAACGUUUACAUUCAUUAAUUGAUCGUGUACAAGGAAGAAAAGGGGAAAAAUUGCAGGUGCCGCUGUUGUCACCAAUACCGACCUGCUAUUUUCUAAUUGGAAAAGUGAUUAAUAUAUUUAUCGCUUUGUUAUCAUAUCUUCACAUUUAUAAACCUUCAUUGCUAUCGCUAUCUGCCAGCUUUUUGGUGAACAUUGCAAAACAGUUUAGUUGUGGACAUUUGUGGUGACUCAACAGCUGCUUUUGAGUCAAUCUGUCGUACAUACAAACAUCGCCCGUCGUCGACGCUGCUGUUGCUGUAACACGAACUGCUGUUGCCCUGACAUUUUUGUUGUUGUCCAUAGUGUGAAAUGUAGAAAAACAACAACAACCAUAAUAACACAUCAAGUACAACCGAAUCAUCAUCAAUAUCAUUUAAAUUCAGGCCUCCAGUUUCAAAACAAGAACAACAAUAAUAUUCCAAGUAGUCAGAGUGUCAUUUGGCUUUGCUACUUUACAUUUGUCUAAGCUCAGCUACAACAACAGCUGUUUUUGUUUGUGGCUGCUGCUGCCGUUUUUUAACAUUCUCCUCCAUUCGCUCGUCAACCCUGCAAAAAAUCAUCUAGCUUCACCCAUAUCAUUGUUUUUGUUGUUGUCGGUGUUGUUGUCAUUGCGGCUACUUUUACAAUUCAUUCAUUCACAAAAAAGAAAGAAGCAGCAGCAACCAAACCCUAAACGUACUGCUCUCAUUCGCUGUUUGCCUGCAUAAACAUUGGUGAGAGAGAGUGCAUUGAUUGGAUCCUACUCUUCGUCUCUCCGCAUGAAACAUCAAAACGGCAUUGAUUACCUUCCUCUCACUCUCAUCGACAAUUUGCAUGGAAAUGUCAAAUGCAAUCAGCAUCAUCUUCAUCAUCAUGUAUUGGCGUAGAAAAGAGAGUUGCUCUACAUUUUGCAACUGAUGGGUGGCAUGAGGAAACAACAAAGCCCCCCAAAAAAUUAAAAGUAAAAGAAAUACUGACCAUAUCCAUUACAAUAGGAAGGGACCCUGGCAUCUAAUUAGUACCAAAAACAUCAUAUUCAUAAGCAUCACAUUUAUGAAACUGUCAAUUUAUAAUUUGGAAACGUGUGAAAGCCGCCAGAAAACGAAUUUAAUUUAAUAACGAAAUUCGCCUUCCGUCUGUUUCUUUUUUAAAUUCUCUUCAAAACUAAAAAAAGGUCAAUUUAUAUCGCGAAAAAACCCCCUCACGAAUUCGUCGUACUACCUUCCUAUGUGAUAAGUGUUGAAGUGAAUUUUUUUUAUCACCCAAAAUAAAUAUAUUACUUUACCAAGGUUCGUCCGGUGUGUCUGUGUGUGUGCGCGCCUAAUUCUAGUUUAAUUUAAUAAUAUCAACAACACCAACAACAAGAAAAACAAACAAAAGCUCAAAUGAGCAGAAAUAUGCGACAACAGGAUGGGGGUCAUGGCGCGCCAGUCAUGCGACGCAAAGCCAAUGCUCCAAGUUCUCUGCUGACCCAAGAGGAAAAUGAAGCUGUCUUUCGUAUGGUCGGUGAAAAAUGUCAGACUUUAAACACAGCCGUGGUACAAAUCUACAAAACCGAAGCUUCCGCUCACUCGCAUUGGAAAAAGAAAUACACCGGCGUUGUAUGUUUUGUCAAAGAUUGGGAUUUACGUUCCUAUUUUUUACGAGCAUUUUGCCUGAUCAAACAUGAACUGAUAUGGGAGCAUGAACUGUACGAUGCCAUGAAAAUAAAUAAAGCGCGUUCGUUUCUGUUGACUUUUGAGGGACAGGAUGGACAUAUCGCAUUGAAUUUUGUCUCCGAAGAUGAAUGUGACUCAUUUUACCGGGCUGUGGAUAAAACCAUUGAAACAAGAAACCAAAAACGUAAUAAACGAAAAUCGCAAAUGGCUCCUUCCGCUCCACUAGCACCAUUGCCCAAAGAACCGGAUUCAAAUACUGUACAGCUGCGUAACAAUGCCUCCAAAAUUGGUACUAUCAAUUUUACCCCAGCCCCAGCUCCGGUGCAACCAACAUCGAAACAUCUGUUCUCUUCGCUGUCGUCGUCUUCCAACAACAAAAAACAAAAACCCAAAGUUAAUAAAUGUGAUAUUGGUGCACCGACCAAUUUCCGUCACGUUUCACACGUCGGCUGGGAUGAUGAUAAGGGCUUCGAUUGUCAGGGCGAUGAAAACGAUGAAGUUCUAACGCAAUUCUUUGCCAAGGCUGGCGUAUCGAAACACCAGCUUAGCGAUCGUGAUACAAGGGCUUUCAUCUAUGAUUUUAUACAGAAUCAAAAUGUUUUGGAUAUUGUGAAACAGGAGAAUGUGGAGAAACCAAAAACAACAAUAGCUGCGGCACCCCCACCACCGCCACCAACAAGACAUCACCAUCAUCAUGCUCAAAAUGGCAAUACUACGACUUCAACAACAACAACAUCAAUACCAAGAUCUGCACCUCCACCACCAGCUAGACAACCUCCACCACCAGUACCUACAACAGUGCCUGGUCUUUCAAGAGCUCCUGCGCCACCCUCUAGACCACCACCACCUCCAGCUCCUAGUACAGCACCGCCACCACCUCCUCCACCACCAGCGGCUUCAUUUGCACCUCCACCACCGCCACCACCUCCGGCUAUGGGUGAAGUACCCUCAAUUACAACAACGCAUGUUAAAACUGAAACUAAGGCUCCAUCUAGUUUACCACCAAUAUCUGAUACACGUAGUGAACUUAUGGAUAGCAUACGUAAAGGCGUACAACUUAAGAAAGUGGACACAUCAGCCCUUAGCACUGGCAGUGGCGAUUCACAUGGCGACCUUAUGUCUGAAAUUCGUAUGGGCUUUGAACUUAAACCGGCUAGUAGUCGUGAAAUUCCUUCAAAUCGUGCCAGCGAUGAACAUGUCUCUGGUACCGAUGCAUUGGCUGAUGCUCUGAGAAGAGCACUAUUAGAUCGGGGUCGUGUAAUGCAAUCAUCUGAUGAUGAAUCCGAAUCAUCGGGUAAUGAUGAUGAGUGGGACGAUUAAAUUUAUUAAUUGGCAUAGCCACUUUAAAACAACAACAACAAAUAAUAAUAAUGAAAUAAAAUGCAUGACCAAAGGUGGGCAAAUGGGGUUUAUUACAAGUCGGGUAUGUGUUAUUGUAAUAAUGUUGUUCAAUUUUUUCCAAUUACUAAUACCAAAUUUUACAAUAUGGCUGCCUCUCUUUCAAUGAUAACAAAUGAAAACAAUAUGAAAAACAAAACAAAAGAAAAUGAAACGAAUUCAUUUAAACAAUACAAUAUAUAUAUAUUUUUUGUAAGAAACUGUGUACUAUAUUUUACAAUUUAAUUUUGUAUAAAGUGCGCGUACGUCAAAGACAUAAUUAAGUUCUGCAUACGUUUAAUUAAAAACUACCUUUUUUGUUGUAAAUCUCUAAUGCAUUUUGUGUUUUGAGGUGGAGGAUCAUAAACUUCACCCUAGAAAAAAAAAGUAACGCUCUUCUUCUUCUUUGACAUCUUUGUGUAGAUUUAAUAUAUAAUUUUAAGUAAAACAGUCUAAAAAUAUUCUUUUAAUUUAAAGAAAAAAACUAUUAAAUAACAUACAAUUUAAAUGGAAAAUUUAUCUAAAAUCCAUGGUACUGAAAGUGAAUGGUUAACAGUUUAAGAUAAUACAACAAUGGUAUUUAGUUAAAUACACUGUGUGCAUAUAAAAAAUCGUAUAUACUUCUUAAGUGAAGAAGUUUGGAUUCUUCCACACAAUGGAAUGUGUGAUGAUGUGUUUUGAAAUUUACACUUUACCACAAGAAAGUGAACGCUUCGAAUCAGGCUUUUUUCUGAAGUAUCUGCAAUGCAAUGCUAUUUUAGACACAGUGAAAAAAAAAAAACAUUGUUUUUUAAAAUUGCUUUUAUUAAUAUUCCGUAAUUUGUGUACUUUUUUCUCUCUCUUUAAUUAGUUUUAAAUAGAAUUCUAGUCUUUUAAAAAAAGUAUUGUUUAUAGUGUAAACGCUAAAAUAUACACACCCACACACACACAUAAAAUAUUGAUCUUGUAUUUUCCGAUGACAUAAAUACUCCAUUUUACAUACCUUAAUAUAUACAUAGUAUAUAUGAGAUUGGAAAUUUUAUUUUAAUCAUGCAUAUCCACUUCCUUCGGCUCAAUUAUCAAAUAAAUAAAUGAAGGAUGAAUUCCAAAAAAAAAAAAGCAAAACAACAAUGACCAUAAACUACAAAAACGAAACAUACAUACAUAUACAUAUAUCACUACCAUUGCCCAGCAAUUCAAAAGAAAAGAAACGAAACAAAACAAAAUUAAUAAUCAAAUUACAACUACUAUAUAUCUAAAUCUAUAUUUAUGCAAUGUAUAAAAAAUAAACACUUCUGUUCUCUUCUAUUCUAUUCUUUCUUCCUUUUUUUAAUUUUAAAUUAGUAACAAUUGUGCCAAAUACAAAUGAAAAUAGAAACCAUAACUAAACAAAAAAUGGAAAAUUAUUGAAUUACAAAAGAAAAUACUAUUAAAAAAAAAAACAAAAACAAUAUACAUCACAUCUUAUAUAAGCAACAAGGAACAACAAAUAAUAAAUAGUAAUUGUAACAGUUCUUUUUCCAUGUAUUUAAAUUUCAAACAUAUUAUAGUGUAAUAAAAACAAAGCAAAAAAACAAAUGUCAAAUAGUCAAAUAAUAAAAUAACUAUCAUAACUACAAACCCUAACAAGUUAUAGGAACAAAGUUUUAUUAGAUAUACAAAAAAACAA